AUGAAAGACGGCCAAGCAGCAUAUCGUUUAGACUGGCAGCAGAUAAGGGCCCUCAUGCAGCGGCGCAUCCUAAGCGAGGCUGUGCUGGCUCGAUGCGGGCCGAAGGCUGCGCGGGUGUGGCGGCGGCUGACGAGCCCUGGCGACUGUCCUGGCUCUUCUUCUUCUUCUUUGUUCUUUGACGAACAAAUGAUUGCUGACGGCUGUCUGCUGCCGCCCAGUGGUGCCCGCCAGGCGAUGUAUUCUCUCGCGCUAGCGGGCUUUGCGCGCUUCCACGAAUCGGACCGUCUGCCAGCUAGCUGCACGUCAAUGUCUUCUAAGCAUGCGUUGGUGAUCCGCUGCAGCAGCGAAGACACGCAGCAGCAAGUGCUGCAGACUAUACUGCAGGCAGCACUGAACCUUCUCGAGAGAAAAAGAGCAGAAGCACAGCAACUCGCACAGCUACGAUGCAGGACGCAGUGUCUUGCUGACUCAGAGCUGCAGCAGCAAAGACAGCGAGAAGCAGCAGAAGAUAUCCUCGAGGCAAACGUACUCAGACUCGCAGAACCACUCGCUAUACUCAUGGAUAUCUAA